UGAAUAAAAACAAUAUCAAAAUAUUAUCGAAAAUUACACAAAAAAACACACAAUAAUAUGCCACGACUACAACAAAACACCCCACUUAUUGAUAAUAUAUAUGAUCUGAAAUUUGAAUGGAUUUGAAUUGAAAUACAACCAAACCACAACCAAAAUAGGUUGGAAAGCAGCCGAUACGUGAAACGAAUAUCUACAUGUAUUUAUAUUUCGUAUUCUUCAUUAUAUUUGGAUCAUUUUUCACACUCAAUCUGUUCAUUGGUGUUAUCAUUGAUAAUUUUAAUGAACAAAAGAAAAAAGCAGGUGGAUCAUUAGAAAUGUUCAUGACAGAAGAUCAGAAAAAGUACUAUAAUGCUAUGAAAAAGAUGGGCUCUAAAAAACCAUUAAAAGCCAUUCCUAGACCGAGGUGGCGACCACAAGCAAUAGUAUUUGAAAUAGUUACAGAUAAAAAAUUCGAUAUAAUUAUUAUGUUAUUUAUUGGUUUAAACAUGUUUACAAUGACACUCGAUCGUUAUGAUGCAUCGGACACAUAUAACGCUGUCCUAGAUUAUCUCAAUGCGAUAUUCGUAGUUAUUUUCAGUUCCGAAUGUCUAUUAAAAAUAUUCGCUUUACGAUAUCACUAUUUUAAGGAGCCAUGGAAUUUAUUUGAUGUAGUAGUUGUCAUUUUAUCCAUCUUAGGUCUUGUAUUAAGCGACAUCAUUGAAAAAUACUUCGUAUCGCCGACGUUGCUGCGUGUGGUACGUGUUGCGAAAGUGGGUCGAGUCCUGCGUUUAGUUAAAGGUGCCAAGGGUAUACGAACUUUACUCUUUGCGCUGGCCAUGUCCUUGCCUGCCUUAUUCAACAUCUGUCUGCUGCUCUUUCUCGUCAUGUUUAUCUUCGCCAUAUUCGGGAUGUCAUUUUUCAUGCAUGUUAAAGAGAAAAGUGGCAUCAACGAUGUUUAUAAUUUUAAAACAUUUGGCCAGAGUAUGAUUUUGCUGUUUCAGAUGUCUACCUCAGCCGGUUGGGAUGGUGUUUUAGACGCCAUUAUCAAUGAGGAAAAUUGCGAUCCACCCGACAACGACAAAGGCUAUCCGGGCAAUUGUGGUUCAGCGACAGUCGGAAUUACGUUUCUUCUUUCAUACCUAGUUAUAAGCUUUUUAAUAGUUAUUAAUAUGUACAUUGCUGUCAUUCUCGAGAACUAUAGUCAGGCCACCGAGGACGUACAGGAGGGUCUAACCGAUGACGAUUACGAUAUGUACUACGAAAUCUGGCAACAAUUUGAUCCAGAAGGCACACAGUAUAUACGUUAUGAUCAGCUCUCCGAAUUUCUUGACGUAUUGGAGCCACCGCUGCAAAUACACAAGCCGAAUAAGUACAAAAUCAUUUCUAUGGAUAUACCAAUAUGUCGCGGUGAUCUUAUGUAUUGUGUUGAUAUAUUGGAUGCAUUGACCAAAGACUUCUUCGCUCGUAAAGGUAAUCCAAUCGAAGAAACUGGAGAAAUUGGCGAAAUUGCCGCACGUCCUGACACUGAAGGUUACGAACCAGUGUCAUCAACUUUAUGGCGUCAACGUGAAGAAUAUUGUGCACGUCUUAUACAGCACGCUUGGCGUAAACAUAAAACGCGCGGUCAAGGUGAUGCAGAUGGUGAUGAUAUAAAUGCUGCACAAGGUGGUGGUGAUAAUGGCAGCAGUAGUGGCGGCGUUGGUGGUGAAGCUGCUGCUGAUGGUGCUACAUCAAUAAAAAAUGGUAGUGGGAGUGGCUUAAAUAGCCCAGAGGGUGCCAAUGGUGGACCACUUAGUCCUGGCUGUGUUAGUGCUGGCGCCGGUAGUAAUGGCCGACAGACAGCUGUUUUAGUUGAAAGUGAUGGAUUCAUAACAAAAAACGGCCAUAAGGUUGUAAUUCAUUCGAGGUCACCGAGUAUAACAUCGAGGUCGGCAGAUGUCUGAGGCAGGCCUCGCCCCCCCCUCCAAGAAGCACAAGAGAACUAAAUAAAUAAUUUUCUGCCACAUGUAUAAUUAUAUAUAUAUUCAUAUGUAUAUUUAUAUAUAGUCAACA